AUGAAUUUAAAGCUAUUAUUAAUUUCUGUUUUCUGCAUCAUUUCAGUUGUCUUAUGCGGACACAUUGAAACUGGUAAAGCUAAAUCAGAAGCUUUAAGGGAACUUGCUAGUAAAUCUCCUAAUGGAAUUAUUCACUUUAAUUCAACUGGUUAUAGAUACUUUUUACUUGAGUAGCCAAGACCUUAUGAAGUUGUUUUGUUUUUCACAGCUCCUAAAUGCGAUUUCUGCGAGUAAAUGCUCACUCAAUACGAAUUAACCUCUAAUUAUUAUUAUGCAAAUAAUGGACAUAUUCCCUUCAAGGAUAGCUCCAAAAAGCUUAGAGCAGUCUACUUUGGUAUGAUGAGUUUCGAUUAAAACACAAGAGAAACUUUCUUAGAUCUUGAAUUCAAGUCAGUUCCUAAUCUCCUUGUCUCAGUUCCUUAACAUGCAUUAGUCUCUGAUUAAGAAAGAAAUAAUUUCUUAAAGGGAUUCAAGUGGUCUAUCAGUGGUUCUGAUGGUUUAGUUACUCACCACAAGUUGUUAGAAUACAUCAAUAAGCGUACUGGAAGAGAAAUUGAAUACUAACCUCCUAUUCAUGAAGUUUUGAGAAACUUAGGUAUUUUGUUGAUUUUGAUUAUAUUGACCAUCGUUGUUUUCAGACUCUAUAAAUCAUUCUUCUUGAACACUAAGCUUUGGUUUGUUGGCUCAAUAGUGAUCUACUUUGUUUGCAUAGCAGGAUUUAUUUAUAAUUAAAUCCACGGUGUUCCAAUGACUACUGUUGACAGUAAGGGAAAUUUCUAAUGGAUGUUAGAUAACUAAAGAAUGUAGCUUGGAGCUGAAGGAUUUGUUAUGUCUGGAUUAAUUAUCCUCUCUGCUUUAACAAUUAUUUCUUACUAGUUAAUUGCUAGAUUAAAUUAAAAAAAUAUUGUUAACUAGUUGCUCCUUAUUGCAAUUUUCGGUACUACUUUCAUAAUUGUUAUCAAAAUAGAAGAGCUAUAUAAAUUUAAAGGAUGGUAUAAUAUCAACUUCUUCCCUCCUGAUCACUACAAUAGAGGACCUAUUAUGAAAGAUCAAGGUAACAGCAUUUGA